CGCCCCGGCGGCGGCUGGCGGGGGGGCAGGGCCCGGCGCCCGCUUCCGCCGCCCGCGGGGAGUCCCCUGGGCCGGCGCCCGGGGAAGUCCCUGCGCGCGGGUACAAGAGGGCGGCGCGGCGGGAGCGCGCCACCGGCCCGCAGCCCCAGCCAUGUCGCGCGGCCUCCAGCUCCUGCUCCUCAGCUGCGCCUGCAGCCUGGCGCCCGCGGCACAGGAGGUGAAGGUGGCUUGUUCCGAGGAUGUGGACUUGCCCUGCACUGCCCCCUGGGACCCGCAGGUCCCCUACACGGUCUCCUGGGCCAAGCUUACAGCGGGCGGUGAAGAGAGGCUGGAGCUACCCCGGGAAGACCUGCGCCUCGGUGGGCAGCGCUAUCAGCAGAAGGAGCAGACGGGCUCUGUGGAGGCUCCCAGUGAAAGGCUGUAUUCCCUGAAGAUCAGAAACACUACCAGCUGCAGCUCGGGCACAUACAGGUGCACUCUGGAGGACCCGGAAGGGCAGAGAAACCUGAGUGGCACCGUGAUCUUGAAGGUGACAGGAUGCCCUAAGGAACCCAAAGGAGAGACUUUUAAGAAAUACAGAGCUGAGAUUGUACUGCUGUUGGUUCUGGUCGUUUUCUACUUAACACUCAUCAUUUUCACUUGUUUUGCACGACAACAGAGUAUUUUUCCAGAUUUUUCUAAACUUGGCAUGGAACGAGCUUUUCUCCCAGUCACCUCUCCGAAUAAGCACAUGGAGCCAGUGACUCUUCCCAAGACGGAACUGGUGUGAGCAGGAUUGCUGUGGGUUGUUUUCUCUAAAGUCAAAGGCUCCGUGGUGUGUGUGUGUGUCACACUGGACAAGAGAAGAAUGAGCUGCACACCGAAGAUGACAUCCUUCCUGUGAAGUCCUUCACGGAAACAUCUGAAAGUGGAUCCCAGCCCACUUCUGGGGAGCAGGAUCUUGAGAACCAUUACAUGACCUCAUAGCGUGGGGACUACGGGCAGGGUGCCCUCUAGAGCUGGAUGUCCGCGGCUGCUUCUUACCAUUUUAUUCAGCUAUCUGGUCAACCUCUUGGAAACUUUUUCAGUCAUAUGAAAGCUAUGGGGAGAUGCAGUUGGAAAAGGAUCUGGGGAAAUAUGAAUGCCCAGAGCUGGCCCUGUGACAGACUCUUGAGGACAGCUUUCCUCUUCCACAUCUGGGAAACAUCUCUUUGAGUUUGCUGUGUUUUCUUGCACUAGCCCAGAUGUUUUAUGUCUGGGAGAAAUUGACAGGCCAAGCUGUGAGACAGUGGGAAAUAUUUAGCAAAUAAUUUCCUGGUGUGAAGGCCCUGCUAUUACUAAGGAGUAUUAUGUGUACAUAGAAAUAACAGGUCGAUGAACUGUUCCCCAAGAGGGCCUUUUCAUCUGGGAAAGACAUCCAUAAAGAAGCAAUAAAGAAGAGUGCCACAUUUAUUUUUAUAUCUAUAUAUACUUGUCACAGAAGGAUUUGUGUUUUUUCUCCUUUUGAAAUCUAUGUCUACAGUUAGCUAUUAUUGCUAACUGACAAGCAACCUGAAUAUGGCGAGUGAGAAGAAGUUGGAGAAGGUGACAACAGGACAGAGAGCUAUUUAGUGACCUGAUGGAAAUGCUGGACCAGUCAUGCAAUCUGGUUGCUAGCCACCGUUGUCCCACUACCUAGCUGUGUGAUAUUGGGCAAGAUCCUUAUGGUUUCUACAUUCUCAGUUGUAAACCAAAAGUUUGUUGCAUGAGUUGAUUGAAAUAAUGUAUGUGAAAAGUCUUUGAAAAAGUAUAAAGCACUAUACACAUUCUAAACUCCAUUGGGUCACUAUCUUUAUUACUACAGUAGCCUGGGCAUGCGAGAAUGCCUUUCGUUUUUUCAUGUUUUCAGCCAUUCUGGACAAAGAAGGCUAUGAAGACGAUUUUCCCACAGUCUUUGGGAUGAAUUCCUUUGGGGAAGUGAGGAGGCCACUUCAGUGGUCUGUUCUUGAAGUGCCAGCCAAAAGUCCUUCAAGAUAUGGACACAGGAGCCGGUGGGCCAUGGGGAGAAGGGAGUUCCCCCAAAAUGUUACAUUGACAUUUUGGCAAUUGUUGGGUUUCUCUUAUCAAACUUGGCCCUUUCCAUACUUAUUUUCCAAAAAGAACGUGGCCUACACUAAUAUUAGUAAAAGGGAUGCCGAGUUGAUUGAGUGUUUUUGCUUCUUUGUCAUGGAUUUCGUGUUAUUAAAUGUAUGCAUGUGAA